GGAUCACAGGCUGGUUGAAGAACUCUGAGCUCUGGAACCAAACGCAUGAUUUCACAGCGCUUAAAAGUGAAUGCAGUUUGAUUACCUCAAGCUACAAGCUGCUUUACUCCGCAGAAGCCCCCAAACGGAUCCCGACGGCCUUGCUUAUCAGUCUACCUGAGGAGUUUGCUUGUUGCCUGAAACUUGAUGGUGGGAGAGAGGUUUUGGUUUGUUCCUUUUUAAUUGGAAUGUUGAAAAGUUUCUUACUAAUGCUUGAAAUGGAACACUCUUUUUAAAUAUGGGUUGAGGCAGAUCUAAAGGAAACUUACCUGGCAAUUUCCUGCAAGACUGGCUGGAGGAAACAUCUAGAGGAUAACUUGGUAGGAGAAAUGAGAUCUGAUUUGCAACAGCUGUUUUGAAAAAAAUCACGAGUUAUUGAGAAGGUUAAGUAAAUAUUGACCCAGGACAAUGCCUUUAUUUCUCAGUAACUUAUUAACAAAUGACUCCAGCCUGUGGAAAGAAAAUCAUAAUUCUACGGACCUUUUAGGUCCGCCAGGAACUCUGCAUAUCUAUCUGUUUUGUCUGACAUGUUUAAUGACUCUUGCAGCCCUGGCGGGCAGCAUUUUUUCACUGAUUUCCCUGCUAAAAAUGCAGAACCGAACUGUUGUGUCCAUGCUAGUGGCUUUCUGGUCUGUGGAUGAUUUCCUGGGCGUCCUGGCGGUGACCAUCUUCAUAUUUUUGCAGUGGCCAGGCGAGGUCCCUGGCAACUUCCAGUCUCUGUGCACCACCUCUGCCUUACUGUAUUUAUGCCAGGGCCUCUCCAGCAACUUGAAGGCGACUCUGGUAGUCGCCUACAACUUUUACACUUUGCGCAGAGCUGUGAUGAGCCAGGCAAGCUCCAGGAGCUCGGGCCAGGUUCUUGGCGUGGCGCUGGCCCUGUGGGCAGUCAGCCUGCUGCUCUCGGCGCUCCCGCUGUGCGGCUGGGGCUCCUUCGUGCGCACGCCCUGGGGCUGCCUGGCCGACUGCUCCAGUUCCUACGUGCUGCUCCUCUUCGCCGUGUACGCUUCGGCCUUCGUGCUGCUCGCUGGUCUCUCGCUCCCGCUCAUUCCCCAGCUGCUAUGUUCGGAGGAGCCGCAGAGACUACACGGCAAUUAUCAGGAAAUUUCCCGAGGGGCUUCCACUCCCGGCACCCCUCCUACCGGGGGAAGAACGCUUUCCCUGUCUCCCGAGACUGCUCCGGACCGGGCUGUGCGCUGCGCUGCGGGAGGCUCCCCGAGCUCGGACACCGUUUUUGGAGCCGGACCUCGAGCUGCCGCUGGGGCUGGAGCCCGCAGGAGCGACCACCGGGGGACUCUCUAUGGCACCAGAAGCUACACCGUGAGCGUCGCGCAGAAGCGCUUCGCCUUGAUCCUAGCGCUGACUAAAGUCCUCCUUUGGCUGCCCAUGAUGAUCCACAUGGUGGUCAAACACGUGAAAGAGUUUCAGAACCUUCCCUUGGAGACACUCAGCUUUCUACUAACCCUGCUGGCCAUCACUGUAACCCCUGUAUUUGUCUUGUCCAAACGCUGGACCCAUUUGCCCUGUGGCUGCAUCAUUAACUGCAAGCAGAACACACUGGCAGUGGCAUCUGAUGGGGAAAAAACCAAGAGGAAAGGCUUUGAAUUCAAUCUAUCAUUCCAACAAAGUUAUGGAAUUUAUAAAAUAGCACGUGAAGAUUACUAUGAUGAUGAUGAAAAUUCCAUAUCCUAUCAAAAUCUGAUGAACUAUGAGUGUGAAACUACAAAAGACUGUCAAAGAGACAACCGUAAUAUCUUCAAUACCAUAAAAGUCGAAAUCAGCACCACACCCUCUCUGGACAGCUCCACACUGAGAGGCAUUAACAAAUGCACAAAUACUGAUAUUACAGAGGCCAAACAGGAUUCAGACAAAGAUGAGAGUGUGUUUUCUGACAAAAGAGAAAGUGAUAUUAACUAUGAAGAAACCACCUUUUUUGAAGGGCCAGAGAGAAGGCUAUCUCAUGAGGAGAAUCAGAAACCAAAUCUUUCAGACUGGGAGUGGUGUAGGAGUAAAUCAGAAAGAACGCCUCGUCAGGUCUGUUCAGAACUUCUAGUUCCUCAUGAGUCUAUCUUGGAUUUCCAGAGAAACAGGACAGAUGACAAUGAUGAUGAUGAUGAUGAUGAUGAUGAUGAUGAUGAUGAUGAAGAGAGAGAGAGAGAAGAGAGAGAUUUACUACAACAUUUGGCUUACAUGGGAUGGAAGAAGAGAAGUCCUAUCAUGUUCAGUCUGCAAGGUGGAGAACCUGGAAAACUGGUGGAGUGAUUCAAACUGAGUCCAAUGGCCUGAAAACUAGGAAAGCCAUUGCUGUGAAGUCCCAGGUCUGAGUACAAAGGCGUGGCAACUGAGGGCUCGCGUGUCCAGUUGCAGCUGGCAUUCAAGCAUUCAAGAAGCAAGAAUAAAUCUGUCUUAUUGAAGCGAAAGAUGGAUGUUCCAACUAAAGAAGGAAAUAUAUUGAGUCUUGCAAUGGAUUAGAUCAUUCCCACUGGUGUAGGUAAUAUUCUUUAUUCAGUCUACUGAUUCAAAUGCUAAUCUCUCCUAAAACACCCGCAUAGAUUAAUCACAACUAAUGUUGUAGCAACUAUCUGGGCAUUCUUUAAUCUAGUCAAGUUGACAUAAAAUUAAUUACAUACUUUUAAAAGUCAGAGACAUGAAUGCAUAUUCAACUUCUGUAUAAUUUACAUUUUAUGAUUUUUAUUAAAACUGUCACUAAGAAAUAGGAAUUAUGAGGAAAUACAAUUUAAUUCAUGAUAACUUUCAGUAAUUUGAUCUGUUCAGAAUAAUUAAAGAUAAUAUUCUGGCACAUCUAGUUCUCUGAUAAAAAUAACAUUCUAGUUUUAAGUUGACAAAAUAACCUAAAGGUACUUUGGGCAUGAAUUUUUACAGAUUAAUACCGACAAAGAUGCCUUGUGAUAAGCUCUGAUGAUGGUAUUGAAUAAAGUUCAAUUGGUAGAAAAACCUGUUGUUAAAAGGUGAACAUUAUUUGAAAAAAUACAGUAUUUACAAAAUGAAAUGUUUUGGUAUUGAGGAAAAAAUACCUUCAAAUUAUUUGUUAAAUUUUUUGAAGUCAUGUUUCCUAUUUAACCCAAAUAAAACUGCCUGUUAACAA